CGAGAAGGUUUUAUUUUGAAUAUUUCCGGAUGUAUAAUCAUCUUGGUCGCGAGUGAAACGUCAACCGCGAUAGCGAUGUAAACAAAUCGGUUGUCAGUGGGUUGGCUGUGUGUAUUUCUCGGACCACGCUGGGCAUAACAGUUUCAUUUUUUGUGCUAAAACAAUGUAUGAUUUAAAAAUCUAUUCCUCCUACAUUGUCGCCGCCAUCAAGGAUAAGAUAGUGUUCUUUUCCACGGAUGGAGCUGUGCUGCACACGAUCACCGUCGAGCAGAAAGCGCCUGCUAAGGAAACGGAUGCCGGUAACGAACCGAACGGGAAUCAAACACAACCAACCCCGGCCAACGUUGUAACGUUCGAGUAUUGUCCAACUGCGAAGUUGUUGGCCGUUUCUCUGAGCGAUAAGACGUGGCGACGCUACCAAUUACGGGAAGAAGAUGGAGGGAAGCUAUGUUCGGCCCCAUUGGGCGAGGACAUUACCACGGCGAGGACGAUCGUGAGCAUGAAGUUCGUCCCAAAGCAUGGCGUUCUGUUCGGCACGGACAAGAGCGAUUGUUUCGAGUUUGGUGCGUUGGACAAAACGUCGGAACCGCAACCGAAAUGGAUUCUGGGACACAUGAGUCAAAUAUUGGCGCUUGCCGUAAGCGAUGAUGAGCGGUUUAUUGUCACGAGCGAUCGUGAUGAGAAAAUUAAGAUCAGCUCGUACCCCGACUGCCACAAUAUAGAAUGUUUCUGUCUGGGGCACACGGAGUACGUGGGAGGAAUUGAGAUCAUUCCCAGCGGGAAGCUGAUCUCGGUAUCGGGCGAUCGUACACUUCGCCUAUGGGACGUCACCGAAGGAAAGGAACUUAGUAAACUAUCGUUAAAGGAACCCGCUCUCGAUUUUACGGUCCAAAAAGUUCCCGAAGGCAGUGGAAUGCUUUGCGCAGUGCGAAGCUACGUGCAGAACAUGGUCGAGGUGGCUCUAGUGUCGUACGAUAAGCCUGACGCCAGCGAUCUUUACGAUCCACUAACGAUUGAUGAAAGUUUAAUCAUACUGAAUGCGGGUUUAAGUGCCUCGCUGCGAUUGAUGCUGUUGACGAUGGAGAAGGAGAGCAAGCGCGUCCGAAUGUUGGUUUAUGAGUUUUGCGCUGAAAAGCGAGCAUUUAAGGCGUGCGAUGAUCAUCCUUUCGUUAAGAACUUUGAGGAUCAAUUCAAGGAUGUGACGAUUGAGCAGGUAAGAGAUUACUCCACCCUGUUCAAGCACACGAUCGACAAUCUAACGGAAUACUUUGAGCGGAAGAAGAUAAAAAUGGAAUCGAAAAAGUCGAAAUAAAGCAAAGCACCGUUGAGCAGUAAGUUUUUAGCAGGUUUUUA